AUGAUUCCUCCUCUGACAGAGGGACAGCAGAGCACACUGAGCUGCACUGCUCCUGGUCUCUGCUCUGGAUCUGUUCCUGAAAUCAGCUGGACGUGGAGAGGAGCAGGAGAGAAGGACUCUCACAUCACAGGAAACAUCACUGCUUUCAGGACUGAGAAUCUGACUGCUGUCACUCAGAGACACAGCUCAACCCUGACCUUUAACUCUUCAGCUGAACACCACGGCACCAAUGUCAGCUGUAAGGUCAGCUUCACCAACAACAUCACUACAGAGGAGACUGUCACUCUGAAUGUGGCCUAUGUGAAAGAAGUUAAAAUCACUGGGGAUACAAGUGUGAAGGAGGGUGAGACUCUGAAUCUGAGCUGUAGUGUUGAAAGUUUCCCUCCAUCUCUCAUCACCUGGACUAAACUCGGCUUUAACAGAACCCUGAACAAUGACACUGGAACAGCCACACUUGUCAUCCCCAACGUGACAGCAGAAUAUUUUGGACAGUACAUAUGUACAGCAAAACAUCAGAACAACACCCUGAUGAAAGAAGUAAACAUAACAGUGAUAUGUAAGUACACAGUAAAACUGUUUUUACACAGAAGAUUUGUCGUUGUAUUUUUCAUCAUGGGGUAACUGAAACUUAUACAGAGAACACCCUUUCCUAAAUCUCCCUAAAUGCAUGCUGAUUAAUGUUCACAUUUAUUGUUAACUUUGCAAAAUGUAGAAAAUGCCUUCAUAGCUCAAUGUAGAUAUCCUGAAACAAAACAAAAAAUGUUGUGUCCUAUAUUAUUAGGAUCUGCAGCCUUCCCUGUGUUCUUCCCCUUGUUUCCCCCCUCCUG